AUGCUCGUGGCGCGCCCGCCCUUGCAGUCCUUGCCAAUGUCAACUAUUCAGAGGGAAACGCGAAGAUUAAGCACAAGAGUACAAGAGAAGGAAGACGCGCCGCUACCUUCAAGUCAGGCGCAACACACCAAUGGAAAUGUGAAGUCUGUCGCCGCUUCUUCGUACCCAGCUGCCGCGCAGAACGUGAAAGCAAACGCAAGGAAAAGGAAAAUGAACUACGACGAGGAGGACGAUGGCUUCACGUUCAAACGCGUCAAAAAGAAGGAACCAGAGCCCAAGCCGGCCGAGGGCGAGAAGGCUACGACUCCCGCUCAAGGAGACGCGUCGGAAUCGCAACAAGCGCCCACGGAACAGUCAGAUGCACCCAAUAAUGACGACACAGCACCCAAGCCGAGGGUCCGGCGGAAGAGAAUGUCAUUUUCCACACCGAAACCGAAAGGCAAUCCGCCUCCUCGUCGGUCGAAGCGUCUGUCCAAGGAUAAUGACCACGCCGAUGCGAGUCCGGCGAAGAGACCCAGCCGUGAGGAGGUAUCUUCCAAGCAUCCUGAGCGACGGGUUGAGCCCCGGCCAAGGGAGGCCCCUAAUAGGGCAAUUCGACGAGAACCUCCAAAGAAGCAACCAGAACAAAGGACGUUGAUCGCAGAUCAUUCGCCUAGAAAACGGCAAAAGGAGCAAAUGGAGGAGGAUCCAAAUGACCGACAUUCUGAAGGUACCCAAGAUGGUCAUCAAGCAGAGACCGUCCCUACGUUACAAGAGAAUAGCUCUGGGACAAGAAUUGCCCUGCCGUUGGCGGACACUCCUGUGAUCAAGCGCAACAAAGCCAUGCGCGAGGGUAAGUCUGCCAAAGGUGAAAGGAGGAGUAGUUUGGGCAACCGCGGGCGUCGGGCAAGCUCGCUCAUCGAGUCCGGGACUUCCAAUGCACUUCCUCAUUCAGAGGUUGACGUUGCGGACUACUACAAGCAUAUUGAAAGUGAAGGCCUUCCGGAACCGAGGCGGAUGAGGCAACUACUUACCUGGUGCGCGGAACGCGCAUUGGACGAGAAGCCUAUAGGCACAGAAUUUGAGCACUCAAGUGCCCGACAAGCAGCUCGAGUAAUCGAGGAGGAGCUACUGAAAGAGCUGUCGAGUAAGUCAGAACUAUCAGACUGGUUCGCCCGAGAAGACGUCCCGGUACCGAAACAACCACUUCCCGAACGGCCAAAUCCCAAGAAUGUGCAGAACCUUGAAAAGCUCGCAGGGCUGGAAGAACAGAUAAAAAGGCAUGAUAAUGAAGACAACCAAUCGUUCUUGCAACCUCCCAGCCUACCUACAUUACACCAAGGCACCACAGAGACAGAGCCUUGGGAAAUAGACCGAUCUCUGCUCUCCGAGGCCGAAGCAGUUGCACUUAACUCGAUAGCUCCUGCCACCAAUCCGGCUUCAGCAGAUCAAAUCUCCCAGCGAAUCAAUGAAAUAUUGGAAUCUAUAGGGCCGACGAUCGACCAAUUCGCAGACGGAGUUCACCAGCUAGGUCAAUAUCAGACCGCAGCUGAAAAUGUAGCGGGCAGAACAUUGGCCCUUUGCGCCGAGAAACUUGCAGAACGAGAGAAGCAAGGGAGAAAGAAAGCACUGGCAACAGCAGGCCAGAUGCCACCAGACACGCCACCAAAGGAUAUUGCCAGCGUGCUGCGAAGUUUGAGUCGAGCAGACCGAUGA